CACACUAAAUGUCCCCACACACAACUCCCUUCACAUAAAUCCUUUCAUUUGCCUAGACCCGCCCCUCAGCCAGCACCAGUGACUAGUAUUGACGGACAGAAGAGUGCAGUCCUCAUUAGUUCAUCGCAGCGCCUGUGGAGUAGUACAGUAGAGUGAAAGCAGAAGAAAUUGUCUGAAAAUGGAACAGCGAUUAAAGCCAUGUGUAAAGAGGCACGGCCUGCUCUUCACCACCAUGUUAUCUGCUCUGCUGGGGGUAGGUGUUGGUGUGCUGGUGAGGGAAUAUGGCUCUCUUUCCAGACUGGACCGAUAUUAUUUCAGUUUUCCAGGAGAGAUUCUGAUGCAAAUGUUAAAGAUGGUCGUUCUGCCUCUGGUCUUCUCCAGUAUCAUCACAGGUGUUGCAGCUUUACAGUCAGAAGCCUCGGGCAGAAUCGGUCUCAGAGCGGUUCUCUACUACCUCAGCACCACCAUCAUGGCCACUAUAUUGGGAGUGGUUCUAGUGGUGACUAUCAAACCCGGAGAACCCUCACACUCCACCAAUGUGGACUUGGCUGGAACAUCAGGCAAAGUGUCCACAGUGGAUGCCAUGUUGGACCUGAUCAGAAAUAUGUUUCCAGAUAAUCUGGUUCAGGCCUGUUUUCAGCAGUACAAGUCAAAACGUGAAGCACUCAUCCUUCCAGCGGUGAACGCAUCCCAGAAUGUCUCUAUGAAGGACUAUAAACUGGUGGCCUCAUACUCGGACAGCAUUAACGUGCUGGGCAUCAUUGUGUUCUCCAUUCUCUUUGGUCUGUCCAUCGCUAAAACUGGGAAGCAGGGACGGCUGCUUCUAGAGCUCUUCAAAGCCUUAAAUGAAGCUACAAUGAAGAUUGUGCAGAUUAUGAUGUUCUACAUGCCAGUCGGAAUUUUAUUUCUGAUAGCAUCAAAAAUCAUUGAGGUUGAGGACUGGAACAUCUUCAGAAAGCUGGGCCUCUAUAUGCUAACAGUGCUAGUUGGUUUGGUGAUUCACUCCAUGGUGGUGCUGCCUUUGCUGUAUGUGCUGGUGGUCAGGAGGAACCCGUAUAAGUUUGCCUGGGGGAUGGCUCACGCUCUGCUGACUGCACUGAUGAUCUCAUCCAGCUCAGCUACGCUACCGGUAACUUUACACUGUGCAGAGCACAACAAUCGCAUCGAUAAGCGCAUCACUCGCUUCAUGCUGCCCAUCGGAGCCACCAUCAACAUGGAUGGAGCUGCUCUCUACGAGGCUGUGGCCGCCGUCUUUAUCGCCCAGAUCAACAACUAUGCGCUUGACUUUGGCCAGAUCACCACUAUAUGCAUAACAGCGACAGCAGCCAGUACAGGAGCAGCAGGAGUGCCCAACGCCGGGAUGGUCUCCAUGAUCAUCGUCCUGUCCGCCGUGGGGCUUCCUAUAAACGACGUCACCCUGCUCCUCAUAGUGGAUUGGGUGCUUGAUCGGUGCCGAACAGCCGUCAACAUUCUAGGCGAUGCUUUUGGAGCCGGAAUCGUGGAGAAGCUCUCGCAGAAGGAGCUGGAGAUGACGGCAGGAAUUAAAUGUGAACUAUGAUUGUUUUUUACUUAACAAUAUUUUUCAUCUCAGAAAUGUUGGGAAUGCUUUCCAUUAAAGCCACUGAUUUACUGCAUCAAACAAAUGGUUCUUCAAGGGUUCUUUAAUACAGAAAAUGGCUGAUAUCAUAACAGAACCCUUUUUGGUUCUAGAUAGGACCUUUUUGGAAAAGGUUCUGUUCUUUGAGUGUCCAUGGUUCUAUUUAGAAGAGUUUUCUUUACCGAAGAACCCUUGAAGAACCAUGUUUCUAACAGUAUAUGGAUAGAUAUGGUCUAUGCAUUAGUGCUGACCAACCCUGUCCGCAUUGUCAUGUCACUUAAUUUCUUUAUCUCAAUUUUUCUUAUUGUCAUUUCCCUCUAUAUUUAUCAGCUCUGUGUGCUGUAGCAGUGGACACUACCUUCUGUUGAUUUGCAGUGGUGGACAGUGGUGGUAACUGAGUAACUGAGUAAAUGUAAUUAGUUUCUGUA